AUGAGCUAUUAUGAUCUCCUUAGGACUUGCAUCGCACAAUACUCAUUUGAUUGCGCUGAAAACGCACAGUAUACAAAGAUUGUUCAAGACAUGCUGACGCAGAAAGAAAUAUUUUGCAAAAAGGUAGAACCAGUGUGUGAUGAGAGAAAAAUACAAGCAUGUUUUGGAAAAUACGUGGAUAUACAAAACACGAACCUGGAGAACCCCGAGACGUUCCCGGUUUUAUGCAGGAACUACACGGAUUUAGUCAAGUGUUACAGGGAGGCUGCCACACCCUGUAUUCAGGAUCCCACAUUCAGCCAAUCCCCGUGGGAGGUCCUGUUCGGACAGGUCAAGACCGUGUGUCUUUCUACGCCAGAAUGCCCUUAUUACUCGAUGACCACUUGCAGCGCCAUGUUAUAUGAAGGCCUGUCUAUGGUGUCCACCGUUCCUACGUCAUUCUUUCUGGAUGCGACCUGUAGAGUCUACUCUGACUUCGCCCUGUGUAUGGAACCUCUGCUCGUGCCCUGUAUCGUGGCUGGGAACGGUCCAUAUCCGGAAUAUUUUUUGCAGAUGCAGUCCACAACGAAUUUCAUGAAAGUGGUCUGCCAACAGUAUAAAUCAGUCCUACUCCCACACACGGAAGCCUGCUACGACAAACCCAGUAUCCAGAUCGAGGUCGACAACACCUGUACCAAUCCUCUAGGGUCCGUCACGUUCGCUGGCCAGCCAGAUGAAGCCGCACUCUGCAGGCAGACGAAAUCCUAUAUUGAUUGUAUAAAGGAUUUCAUUGGCAAGGAGUGCCCGGGCGAUAUUAUCGCCCCUUUAAUGAUGGCUGCUUAUCAGGAGUCCUGGUUGCUAGACAGUCUAUCCUUCAUAUUCGGCAUCACGUGUGUGCCAUUUGGAUAUGCUAAUGUUACAACCAAGGAAAAGACAACGGCAAACUACUUUCCUCCUGGGCUGAUCAUACCCACAACUCCAGCACCACCACCACCCACAACAACCCGGUCCUCAUUGAUUCUGAUCAAGACAACUCCAACCCCAAAACCACUAACAACUUCCUCGACAAGCAAGACCACUCCUGCAGAAGGCGCGGAUCCUUCCUCGCCUGAUACAGGUUCUGAAGGCGCGAAUCGUUCGUCUGAUACGAGUUCUGGCUCCAUCUACAGAGUAUCCACUGUCGUCUGGGGACUCCUCGUCUUUGUCGUCGCCUUUAUGUAGAGAAUUAUCUCCAUAUACAAAAAUAAAACUUUGUCGUCGCCUUUAUGUAGAGAAUUAUCUCCAUAUACAAAAAUAACACCUUGUAGUUUCUGUAUUUUAAUGUGUUCCGUUUCUGUAUGUAAUACUAGUGUAUAAGAAGCGACCAAGGCAUCAAUUUACUAUCGUCUGUCUGAUAAAUAUCAUAGAUUGCAUCCAUAUUUUUAAGUACGUCUUCUCGUAACAAACUAUGUAAAUCUGAUUCUUCAAUGAAAUCUCACGCUUAAGAUCACGAGUCAUUGGAGAAUAUCCAUCUUAUGAAAUGUUUACACAGAGUUGAGAGAUGAAAGCACCAUCUUCCCGUACUACACAUGCUCAUGUUAUGGUGUCACUCAUAAAGUAAUAUUUCUGUUGUACAUCAUCUGUAUCCAUUUGGUAGCUUAUGUGGACAUCCAGAAAUC